CUGGGCUUCCUGGGGUGUCUUUGAUUUCUCUGGUGCUGAGCCUCCUGCUAUACUUUAGGACAUCAGACCUGCAAUCCAGGGUUUCACAUUUGGAAGCAGACAGAUGCACUCAGCUCCCUGCCUGGCUCUCUGCAGACCAAAUGGAGACAGCUAUUUUGGGAAGAGUUGACCAACUGCUUGAUGAGAAAUUAAAGUUCAACUUGCCGAGACAUCGAGAAGUUCGAGAUACCCACCAGAGGUGCAAUUGCCCAGCAGGACCUCCUGGCCCUUCAGGAAGACCAGGGCUUCCGGGAGACAAAGGCGCCAUGGGAAUCCCUGGAAGACCGGGACUAAAGGGGCAACCCGGAGAGAAGGGAACCCCUGGAGAAGCAGGCAUGUCCAUCAUCGGUCCCCGAGGCCCUCCCGGACAGCCUGGAACGAGAGGUUUUCCUGGAUUUCCGGGCCCAAUUGGUUUGGAUGGCAAACCGGGCCAUCCUGGACAGAAGGGGGAGAUGGGUGUUGCUGGUCCCAAGGGACAGCCGGGACCUCCAGGACAAAAAGGAGAAAAGGGCCAGUGUGGAGACUACCCACACAGGCUGUUGCCUCUCCUCAAUUCAGUGCGGCUGGCUCCACCCCCGGUUAUAAAGAGACGCACUUUCCAGGGCGAACAAGGACAGGCGGGGAUUCAAGGUCCGCCAGGGCCACCUGGUCCACCAGGGCCAACUGGACCAUCUGGACCAGCAGGAAAUCCAGGACAACCUGGCCCAGUUGGGCCACCCGGCAAAGCAGGGGAGCCUGGAAAGGCAGGCAAGGAUGGAAAGGGCUUACCUGGAUCCCCUGGACCAAAGGGAGACCCUGGAAUUCAAGGAUACCAUGGGAGGAAGGGUGAGGUGGGUGAGGCUGGCCUACCAGGUGCACCUGGCCUUCCUGGACCUAUUGGCCCCAAGGGUGAAAAGGGGGACACUGGCGUGAAGGGAGAGAGGGGCAUGCCAGGGCUGCCAGGAAAACAUGGAGCUAAGGGGGUUCCUGGAAUGGCUGCUGCAGGGAUGAAGGGAGAAACUGGAGUUGCAGGGAUGAUGGGCCCCCCAGGUUUGCCAGGGAAAAGGGGACAGAGGGGAGAGAAGGGAAGAGCUGGUGAUCCCGGACUUCCUGGAUUCCUAGGACAGAAGGGAGAGAAGGGAGAUGCUGGCAAUGCACUCGGGGGAGGUAAAGGGGAACCCGGACACCCGGGACUACCUGGGCCUCCAGGACCAAAGGGGGAAGCUGGUGACAUUGGCCAGACUGGAAUUGCAGGACCGCAGGGGGAAAAGGGAGAACCUGGAGCACCCGGAGAACAGGGGCCUGUUGGUCCCAGGGGUCCCAAAGGGGAGCCAGGAAAGGAUGAAAUGGUGGAUUAUGAUGGUAACAUCAACGAAGCUCUACAGGAAAUACGAACCUUGGCCCUGAUGGGACCUCCUGGACUUCCAGGAGUAGCUGGGCCCCCAGGGCUACCAGGACAGAAGGGUGAAAUUGGUUUACCGGGUCCUCCUGGACACGAUGGAGAGAAGGGGCCACGAGGUAAAUCAGGAGAAGUGGGGCCUCCUGGUCCCCAAGGGCCCCCAGGAAAGGAGGGACCUCCAGGAAUGAAGGGAGAGACUGGACUUACAGGGACCCCAGGAGCAAAGGGGGAAAAGGGGGAGGCAGGAGAAGCUGGCUCUCCGGGUCUUGAUGGCCCAACUGGGGAGAAAGGAGAACAAGGUGACCAAGGGAUACCAGGACCUUCAGGAUUACCGGGUCUAAUUGGACUUCCAGGACUGACAGGAGAAAAAGGAGAACCUGGUGAGGAUGGGGAAAAAGGAGACCCAGGGGACUCAGUAUCAGGGCCACCCGGGCCCCAAGGCCCACCAGGUGCUGCAGGUCUUCAAGGCCUUCCAGGACCGAAGGGGGAAGCAGGGAUUGAUGGAAUGAAAGGAGAGAAGGGUGUCCAGGGUGAGAAAGGAGACCGAGGUCCACUGGGAUUGCCCGGUGCUUCAGGUUUAGACGGCAGGCCUGGACCACCGGGUACUCCAGGACCAAUUGGAGCUCCAGGACCAGCAGGACCAAAAGGGGAAAGGGGCAGUAAAGGUGACCCUGGAAAUGCAGGACCAAUGGGGCUAGCUGGGCUUCCUGGUUUACAAGGCCCAUCUGGUGACAAAGGAAACCGGGGGGAGAGGGGCAAGAAAGGCUCUAGAGGGCCUAAAGGGGAUAAGGGAGACCAAGGAGCGCCUGGAUUAGAUGCACCCUGUCCAUUGGGGGAAGAUGGCUUGCCAGUUCAGGGCUGCUGGAAUAAGUGAUGAUUCUAACCAUGGACUGGCCUGUGUGUGUUUUGUACAUAGAAUAUUUAUUUUUAUACAAUGUUCUUUUCUGAAAUGCCAAGAAGUUAUACAUUUUACAAAUUAUCAAAAGCUGCAUAUAUUUUGUACAGAAAAUACUAAAUUUCCCUUUUUCUGUUUGUCAAUCCUUUAUAUAAUUCUGUGUCUAUAUUAUGCUUAUAUUGUUGUGGAGUCCAGCUGUAAUAUUUGCAUGAUAUUUGUGCACACUUGAUAAGUAUUGGAACUUAAUAAAUUAUUGCAUUCAGGUGCCAAAAGGAACUGCCCUAUAUAGAUCUGAAGGUCAUUUCCCUUGCCAAAUC